AUAAAAAUUUCCUUUUUUUUAUUUUUGUUCUUUUCCGCUGAGUCAGCUGAUUUCUUGUCCGUGAUAAUACAGAGCCAGUCGUUAUUCAAGGCAACAUAAAUACACCCUCGGUCCCUCACAACCUUUAAACUUUAAACAAGAAAAAGUACUGAACUAAAGCAUGCUAACUUCUAAAAGUCGAAGUCUUUCAGCAAAAGCCCUCUUAGACUUAAUUUCCAGCUCUGGAAGACAUGCGUCUACGUCGGCCAAAGCCAAGACGGGUAUCUUGAUGCUGAAUAUGGGUGGACCAAGGAAUAGUUCUGAAGUGGAACAGUUUCUGAAAAAUCUGUUCGCGGACCGGGAUAUCAUUAAACUCCCGUUCCAGAGCAAACUUGGUCCUUGGAUCGCUAAACGAAGGACGCCGAGUAUUAUUGAGAAGUAUAACGAGAUUGGAGGAGGAUCUCCUAUCGCUAAGUGGACUCAGCUUCAAGGAGACCUAAUGUGUGAGAAACUGGAUAAGAUUAGUCCUGAAACUGCUCCCCAUAAACCCUAUGUGGGGUUUAGGUAUGCCAACCCUUCUACCGAGUCUGCUUUGCAACAAAUAGAGAAGGACGGGGUGUCCCACGUGGUUGCAUUCUCCCAGUAUCCGCAGUACAGUUGUACAACAUCAGGAUCCAGUAUGAACGCGAUCUACAGAUAUUACCAGGAGAACUUCCCCCUAAGACCACCAGGGGCUGAUGGUGUUACAUGGUCUGUCAUUGAUAGGUGGCCCACACACCCUCUUCUUGUGAAAACUUUUGCUCAAAACAUCCAGAAGGAAUUGCUUAAUUUUCCCGAGGAAGUUCGUUCCAAAGUUGUUCUUCUCUUUUCAGCUCACUCUGUUCCCCAGUACGUGAUGAACCGCGGGGACCCGUAUCCAGCUGAGAUCGGAGCUACGGCUCAACUUGUUAUGCAGGAGCUAGGCUGGUCAAACCCCUUUAGGGUGACCUGGCAGAGUAAAGUUGGUCCCCUGCCCUGGCUUGAACCUGGAACUGAGCAGACCAUCAAGGCUCUGGUUAAACGAGGACAGAAGAACCUAAUGCUGAUCCCUAUUGCAUUUGUAAACGAUCAUAUUGAAACCCUGCAUGAGUUGGAUAUUGAAUACGCUGCUGAGCUGGGGGAGGAGGUUGGAGCGGAAAGGAUUGGACGCUGUGCUGCCCCGAAUGAUGAUCCAAUGUUUAUUGACUGCCUCACGGACAUAGUUGCCACCCAUCUCAAGUCCGGGGAGAAAGUUAAACCCCAGAUGUUGAUGACCUGCCCGAUGUGCACAGGACCGACCUGCAAGGAUGCCAAGAAGUGGUUUGCCGACAUGACCGGAGCCGUCUAUCCUGUUUAAAAGGAGAUAGUGAUAAUCAACUAUUGUUUUUUAUGUUUUUUUACUUUUCGGGAUCUAGUUAUAUAUCUGUGAUGGCUCAUAAGAAGUUGUUUAUAUUUUAUAUUUUUAAGAAUCUCUUUUUUCUAAUCGAAUUUAUUGCUUGUAAACCUAGCCCGGUUGAAGAUUGUAAACAAAGAAUUUUUUAAUACUUGUUAAAUAUUUAG